UCUAAAAGCCACAAGCCAUGAUCAUAACCCAAAAAGCUUAAUUGCAAAAGGGGAGAAGAACCACCGCACUUUCCCGCGGAACCAUGAAACUCUUCAACCAUCUCCGAACCCUAAACACUCACCACCGCAUUCUCCGUAACCGAUUUCACCCUCUCUUCAACAAGACCAACUUCUUCUCCGAUGCUUCAUUGCCUCAACAACCCACCACUCCACACGUUCAACAACCUUCGCAUCCUUCUUCCUUGAACCGCAAUGAACUCGCCAAGUUCGCCGCCAUUGCUGAAUCCUGGUGGGAUUUUGAUGGCCCUUUUAAACCGUUACAUGUGAUGAAUCCUACAAGACUUGCUUUCAUUCGAUCUGCAUUGUGUCGACAUUUCAAGAAGGACCCUUACAGUGCUAAGCCCCUGGAAGGACUUAAAAUUGCUGAUGUGGGCUGUGGAGGUGGAAUUCUUUCCGAGCCAUUAGCUCGGAUGGGAGCUACUGUGACGGGAAUUGAUGCUGUGGAAAAGAAUAUCAACAUUGCUCGACUUCAUGCUGAAUCUGAUCCGGCAACUUCAGCUAUUGAGUUUUGUUGCACAACAGCUGAGAAGCUAGUUGAAGAAGGAAGAAAAUUCGAUGCAGUGAUGGCCCUGGAGGUGAUCGAGCACGUUGCGGAACCUGCAGAGUUCUGCAAGUCUCUAGCAGCAUUAACAAUUACAGAUGGAGCUACCAUCAUAUCAACAAUUAAUCGUUCAAUGAGAGCUUAUGCAACUGCCAUUGUUGCCGCAGAAUACAUCCUCCGCUGGCUUCCAAUGGGCACUCAUGAAUGGUCUAGUUUUCUUACUCCAGAGGAGCUAGUUCUGAUCCUGCAACGCGCCGGCAUCAAUGUUGAGGAGAUGGCAGGAUUCACAUAUAACCCAGUAACAGGAAGAUGGUCUUUAUCAGAUGAUAUUAGCGUCAAUUUCAUUGCCAUGGGCAUCAAAACAAACAACACAGAAUAGAAUAGGAUAGAUAAAAAAAUACCAAGAACUUGCUCUUUAUGUAUUCAUUCAUUUGUAAGAAUAACAUUAAAUUUGUCUAGAAUGCUAAAUAAACAUUGAAAUUUAAAAAGAAAAAGGGACACAUUGUGUUGAUUUUGAAUAUUCAAACUGUUUUCAAGACGAAACACUGAAUGGAAGUCAGACACGGAUUACUGGUUACAUAAGGAACUCGACAUAGUGACAGCUGAACUGCUCGCCAUUCUGCAAGGUUUUCAUCUAGCCAGGAACAAUGGGGUUCACCCAUGUUGUGUGUUACACUGCUUCUGAGUUUCACAAGUUUGCUACCAUUAUUCAAGAUACGAAGGAUAUAUGCAGCAAUUGUACUGGAAUGUUAUGCUGAUUUACACGCUUAGAGAAGAAAACUCCCGAGCUGGUUUCAUGUCAAGUACUUAGUAUUUUAACUGAUUGUUCAAGGAUCUCGAUUGUGAGAAAAUGAUAUUUUGUUGUUCUUCUACUUAUCUUUUUUCUUUAUUUGCCAAACUAAAGAAAGGAGGAAAAAAACACACUACCUAUAUUUAUUCAAGUAUUUUCGUAAAAACUCAAUUUUGAAAUCUCAAAAUUCAAUUUACUAAUGUGUUUUUUAAUAGUAUAUUUCAACCACCUCCCAACAGCAAUAACCUCAAUGAGCAAGUACAUUUCAAAUAUCUCCAACUAAAAUUCACGCAGCAACAAACACAAUUAUCAUAUAUGUAACUGAUUGCAAUUUAAAACAAUAGUUAUGUAAUCAAUAUAGUUUAUCUCAAAGGGUGUAUACUUCAUUCAUGUCCAAAAUUACACAAAAACUCUUGUUUUGUCCUAAAGUACACAUCCAACCCACAAAAUUUCCCUUAUUUUUUGGUACAAUUGGGGGUAGGAAACCAUCUAAAAACAAACUAAUUUGAUUGAAAUUUGAGAUUUUGGAUGAACAAAGAAAAAAGAAAAAAAAAGGAUUGAUUUUUAGAUUGGGGGAGCAGAGGAACAAAGUUUUCUGAGGGUAACAGAGGUUCGCGUGGAUUGAUUCAACAAUUCUCCCUUCCAUGAUUGAAACCCAGGUUUCCGAUUAAUCUCAUGCUUCCAAAGAUACCUAGCAUCUCCAAACAUGAUAACCAAGGAACCAGGAGUAAGCAAAACAGGAACACACAGUUCCUCCAAAGUGAAAUGCAUGACACAAGACGAUUCCAAAGAGACAAUAGCAAUGGCAUCUUCAAACCGCAAGAGAUCAACAUGAGGACUUAUUCCCUCACCUGGCUGGUACAAGUUUGUUAUUAUUUGAUCAAACAACGGUUCCCUCUGUAGCAAAUUUGGUGGGAGAAAAGAUGAAUCAGAACACGAACGACGAAUUGAAUGAGAGAGUUUGAUUGCCCAAUGAGGUAGGUUUUGAUAACCGAAACGCAUUGCUUGGUUGAUUGAAGGUUGCGUGAACCAUUGCUCCGAUUCGAUUGACGAGAGUAAGCGAGAUUGUUGACGAAUUGAUAGGAAGUUUCUUAGCAUCCAUAACCCUUUCACUUCUUCGAUUGGUUCCCAAUUGUAAUCGGAAUCGAAAUCGGAUCUACCGUCGUCGUUUUCUUCGUCGGAGGAUGAGUGUCCGAAUACUUGUUCUAACACUGUUCUCUGAUGCUGCUCCUCCAUAUCUGUAUCGGAAUCGGAUCUACCGUCGCAGUGGGUGUCAUCGUCGGAGAUUGAGGGUCCGAAGACUUGUUCUAACACCAACCUCUGGUGCUCCUCAUCGUCUUCGUCACCCAUCAUCAUCAUCUUUUCCCUUUUCUCCAAUUUCCUCUUAGUCCCAAACAAAAC